GAGAGCACACGUUUAAGGUUGCCAGUCCGGUGUCGCCAAGCGGUUAACCAAAAUGUCCAAAGCGCUUAUAUUCACGAUCGCUUCUCUCGUUCGGUUCAAUAAUUUAAAAUUACGAUGGUGUUUACUCGUUGAAUUAUUUUUUAUUCGUACAUACAACACAGGAAUAAAAGAUUAAUUAAUAUAUGGUUAAAAAAUGUUUCAAACAACAACUUAUAGUUUAACAGUAUUGGUACAGAACAAUUUUUGACAGUAGAAAGAAACGUCAAAAGAACAAUGAAUAAAGUCUAUAUUACGAGUGACUAAAGAUAGGUGAAGACAAUUUUUAUCAAGCUUUUCACGAGAUAUCUGAAUACGUAUAGAUUUAUAAGAAUUAAACAAAAUGGAUGAAAUACAUUACACAAUUGUGUGCAAUGAAACGCUGAAUGAAAAUAUAAGCCUAAAGAGUAACACUUCGAUUGCAAUAGAUAGAUGCAAUAGUAAUGAUAAUCAUACGGAUUUGUAUAUAGAACCUACAUUUCUAUACGAUGUGCCCGUAAGCAUAAUUGUUCUUCUAUCAAUGUUCUAUGGUACAAUUUCUGUUAUGGCAGUGGUUGGCAAUGCUUUAGUAAUAUGGAUUGUGACUUCAAGUAAACGGAUGCAUAACGUAACCAACUUGUACAUAGCAAAUUUGGCAUUAGCCGAUAUCGUUAUUGGUCUAUUUUCAAUACCAUUUCAAUUUCAGGCCGCCCUAUUGCAACGAUGGAAUUUACCUGCUUUAAUGUGUCCAUUUUGUCCGUUCGUACAAGUACUUUCAGUUAACGUAAGCAUUUUUACCCUAACCGCAAUUGCAAUUGACCGGCACAGAGCCAUUCUCAGUCCGCUCAGCGCAAUACCAUCGAAAUUCCGAGCAAAAAUGUCAAUAGCCACCAUUUGGGCGAUAGCUUUUGUGCUCGCGACGCCAAUGGCGAUUGCUCUCAGAGUGCAAUUUAUCGAAUACGGAGAUAGAGACGGCCGGAAGUUGGUCAAACCGUUCUGCUACAACGUCCGGCUUCCAGAGCGCUCUAUGCUGUUCUACAGGAUAACGCUUCUGUUUGUCCAGUACCUAGUUCCCGUUGUCAUUAUAACUGUUGUAUAUAUGCGAAUGGCGUUACGGCUGUGGGGCUCACACGCACCAGGCAACGCGCAGGAUAGUAGAGAUGCAAAUCUAAUGAGAAACAAAAAAAAAGUCAUAAAGAUGCUAGUUAUUGUGGUUGGAUUAUUCGUUUUAUGUUGGUUACCGUUACAGACGUAUAACGUACUUCAAGAUAUAUUCCCAUCAAUAAAUCAGUUUCGCUACAUAAACAUUGUGUUCUUCUGUUGUGACUGGCUGGCAAUGAGCAACAGCUGUUACAACCCAUUUAUCUAUGGAAUAUAUAACGAAAAAUUCAAACGCGAGUUCCGCAUCAAAUUGAGGCACUUCCGACGCGGCCGUUUUCGUGGCAAAUCAAACGCGAAUCAUGGGAGGUUUGCCUCGAUGCGGUCCACCACGUUGUCUGAAUGGAAAAGAGGUUAUUCGACGCGGUGUACGGACAGAACGACGGCGAACGGCUUGUGCGUGGAUAGCCCGCCACCAAGAAGGGACGAGCUGGAAAUGUUCGUGUGCAAAUCGGGCAAGAUCACGUUGAUUAAAUGCGGCAGUCGUUCAGACCUUGAAGAACUGUGUCUGUAAAAAAAAACAUGCGUCUUUGCCCGGAGACAAAUUCUAUGUAUCGUAAUAAUAAUAAUAUCGUGAUGACCCGCACAAAAGCUGAUGAAGAUCGUACCGAGCUGGAUUCAGUGGUAUACGUCAUACGACAACAAUAAUAUUGGGUAUUUAGUUAUAAUAAUGAUGCCACCGUGUUUGUUCUUAGAGUUUGCAAAAGCAAAAUAAUACUCCUUUGCCCAGCUACAUAAUACCAUGAUAUAUUAUUAUUACCGUACAGUUACACCGUUCUACGUAAUAUGUAAUUACAAAAUAUAACAUUGUAAAAUAAUUCUGUUUAUAAUAGAAACGAAUAAUAAUAAUGCGUUUACCACUGUU